UGACAUAUGUUAUGUCGACAAUUCGACAUGUAAACCAAAUGUAAACUUUUGUAAACAAUAUUCAGGAAACCUGAAAAAUUAAAAUUGAAUUGAAUAGAUUGGUAUUAAUGGAAAGAUAAUUAUAAAAGAAAUAUUUAAAAGCGAUGUCUUUCUUAGAAGAUACGUUAAUAAUUUUAGGAUCUCAGGUAGUAUUCUUCGUUGGAGGGUGGAUUUUCUUCGUAAAACAACUGUUCCGUGAUUAUGAAGUACAUCAUACACUCGUACAGCUUAUAUUCUCUGUUACGUUCGCCCUAAGCUGUACUAUGUUCGAGCUGAUCAUAUUCGAAAUCAUUGGCUAUUUAGAUACAAGUUCCCGUUACUUUCAUUGGAAUUUAGGCUUAUAUUCACUGCUGUUUAUGGUGAUAGCUCUCAUACCCUUCUACAUUGCUUUUUUCUGCAUAAGCAACAUUAGAUUUGUGUCACAUAACUCCAUUAGGCCUCUCACCGUGUUUGUAUGGUUCAUAUACUUGUAUUUCUUUUGGAAAAUCGGCGAUCCAUUUCCAAUACUGAGUCCUAAAAAGGGCAUACUCUCGAUAGAGCAAGGAGUUUCAAGGAUCGGUGUCAUCGGUGUGACUGUCAUGGCUCUUCUGUCAGGUUUCGGUGCUGUCAACUAUCCUUACACUUCAAUGGCUAUAUUUAUAAGACCAGUAACCCAAUCCGAUGUACUAUCAAUAGAAAAGAAACUGCUCCAAACAAUGGACAUGAUAUUGGUUAAGAAGAAGAGGAUAGCUUUAGCUGAAGCGAACAGCGUUGGUGGGAGACAGUAUAAUAUGUUGGACCAAUCUGGAACGAAAAAUAGAGGUUUCUGGACAAACAUUCUGUCCAGCGUUGGAAGUAUUGCGAAUCCCUUAGGUCAUGGAACGGAAAAUAUUAGUCAAUUGAGGCAAGAGAUAUCCGGCUUAGAGGAGCUGAGCCGUCAAUUGUUCUUAGAAGCGCACGACGCCAGAACGAUGAGAGAAAAAAUCGAAUGGUCGAAGACUUUUCAAGGGAAAUAUUUCAAUUUCUUAGGUUAUUUCUUCUCUUUGUAUUGUAUAUGGAAGAUAUUUAUUUCCACCGUGAACAUAGUAUUCGACAGAGUCGGCAAAAAGGAUCCGGUCACAAAAGGCCUAGAGAUAGUCGUCCACUGGCUCGGUUGGAACAUAGAUGUCGCUUUUUGGUCUCAGCACGUCUCUUUCAUACUCGUCGGCUGUAUAGUGCUCACCAGCAUCAGAGGUUUGCUGCUGACGUUGACGAAGUUCUUCUACAAGAUCUCAUCAUCGAAAUCAUCGAAUAUAAUCGUUUUAAUACUGGCCCAGAUAAUGGGAAUGUAUUUCUGUUCGUCAGUGCUGCUGAUGAGAAUGAACAUGCCCCCCGAAUACCGCAUCAUAAUAACUCAAGUCCUCGGCGAAUUACAGUUCAACUUCUAUCACAGAUGGUUCGACGUAAUAUUUUUAGUUAGCGCACUGACCAGUAUAUUUACACUGUAUUUAGCCCACAAACAGCCGUCGGUCAAUUAAUAAAGAAUUUUGUCGU